AUGUACACAUUUCCAAUUGAGGAAAUUGGAGCAUUAUUUUUAAAACAUUCAAUCUCUUUCUUUCUUCCUUUCCUCGUGAUCAUAUAUGUUCUCAAAUGGCGCAAUUCUACUUCAAACACGUUGCAGAACCUUCCACCUUCCCCACCAAAGCUUCCCAUAAUCGGAAACCUUCAUCAGCUCGGUUCAAUCCCUCAACGUUCUCUGAAAUCAUUAGCCCAAAAAUACGGUUCGCCAAUGCUGCUUCAUCUUGGCCGCAAGCCAGUGUUAAUUAUCUCCUCCCCUGAUGCAGCUGAAGAAGUCAUGAAAACUCAUGAUUUAAUCUUUGCCACUAGGCCUAAACCAGUCUUUGCCGGGAGGUUACUCUACAAUUUCAAGGACAUAACGUUUUCCCCCUAUGGCGAAUAUUGGAGGCAGGUAAGAAGUAUUUGUGUACUUCAGCUUUUGAGUAACAAGAGGGUUCAGUCAUUUCGAAACAUAAGAGAGGAAGAGAUGGAAAUAAUGUUGGAAAAAGUUCGAGAAUCUUGUGCUUCUUCUUCAGUCAUACGCAUUGAUGAAAUUUUGGCAACACUUACUAACAACAUUGUUUCAAGGGUUGCCAUUGGAAAAAGGUACUCAGGAGAGGAAAGUGGGAGCAAGUUUAAGGAAAUAUUUGAGGAUUUUACUAUGCUAUUGGGUGCUUUUAACGUUGGAGAUUACAUCCCAUGGCUUGCAUGGAUUAAUAAUGUUAAUGGCUUGGAAGCAAAGAUGAAAAAAGUGGUCAAUGAUUUUGAUGAAUAUUUGGAAAAGAUUGUUGAAGAGGGAAUGAAGAGGCAGGAGGAAAAGAAAAGCGGUAGUGAUG